AUUAAUACACGCUUCUCGGAGCCAGGAUCACACUGACGGUUCUGCAGGAAUUCAGGGUCCAUUUUGGCGGAGAACAGCGAGGAUGAACCGGAUCUCUGCUGUUUGGAUCAUUCUUCUGCAAAUAUAAAUCCCUCCACCCACCUCUUCAUCAUGUCUCCAGUAUUCUCAUCUCCCAAAUACACGACAGGCUCUACUCUCCUCAGCCCUUUCCGCCCAUAUGACCCCUAUGAUCCUUAUGGUCCCUUUAACCCUUAUGACCACAGCCAGACUUUUAUCUCUCAAGGUCAUCCUCAGCCCUCCAGAUACUCGCCAUCAACAUCACGCUACUUUUUCCCCAGCUCAUGCCCAACCCAAGUAGCCUUCUCCCUCCCUAAUGAGCGAGGGCGAGCUGUGCCCCGUGCCAACCCCCAUGAAACUUUCCGCAGCGAGAGCUCAGGCCGCAUGCAGGUCAAAGGUCAAAUCUCUCGGUCAAAUGGGAUACGACGUCGGUCACCAUCACAGGGCUGGCACCGCUCAAUGAACCAGUUGGACCUGGCGCAGGAACUGGCAAUGGUGGAGCUGUGUGGGCAUGGCGAGGGCGGGAAAGGACCAUUAAGGGCGGUUUCUUUCAGGGAGAAUACCAGUCGGGCAUGUGGCAGCUGCUCAGGGCCAUUCUACUGGAGUUUAGAGAACUCCAAGAACGCUCAGGGACUUGUGGGCCUAAGGAACCUGGGGAACACGUGCUUCAUGAACUCCAUUCUGCAGUGUUUGAGUAACACACACGACCUGCGUGACUACUGUCUGCGCAACACGCAUCGUACUGACCUCAACAACAACUGCAGGGCCAAGGCAGCUCUGAUGGAGGAGUUUGCCAAGCUCACUCAGACACUGUGGACAUCAGCGAGCAAUGAAGCCAUCAGUCCCUCUGACUUCAAGACUCAGAUUCAGAAGUACGCGCCGCGCUUCAUGGGCUACAAUCAGCAGGAUGCUCAGGAGUUCCUGCGCUUCCUCCUGGAUGGGCUCCAUAAUGAAGUGAACCGAGGGUCACUGAGGCCCAGAGCACCCAUAGAGGACUUCGACCACCUCUCGGAUGAUGAGAAAGCCAAGAGAAUGUGGAACAAGUACCUGGAGAGAGAAGACAGCAAAGUAGUUGAUCUGUUUGUUGGCCAGCUGAAGAGUUCACUGACCUGCAGUGAGUGUGGCUUCUGCUCCACUGUCUUUGAUCCGUUCUGGGAUCUGUCUCUCCCUAUUGCCAAGAGCUCUGGAGAGGUGACGCUGAUCGACUGCCUUCGGCUUUUCACGAAGGAAGAUGUACUGGAUGGGAAUGAGAAACCAACAUGCCAAAGGUGUAAAGCCAGGCGGAAAUGUACGAAGAAAUUCACCAUUCAGAAAUUUCCCAAAGUCUUGGUGCUUCAUCUAAAGCGAUUCUCUGAGGCUCGCCUGAAAACCGCCAAACUCUCUACUUUUGUCAACUUUCCCAUCAAAGAGCUGGACCUGUGUGAGUUUGCGUCAGACAACAGCAUGCACGCCGUAUAUAAUCUGUAUGCAGUGUCUAAUCACACAGGCACCACACUGGGUGGCCAUUACACAGCAUACUGCCGCAACCCUUCCACAGGAGAGUGGUACUCAUAUAACGACUCCAGGGUAAGCCCUAUGUCCUCCAGUCAAGUACGCAGCAGUGAUGCCUAUGUACUCUUCUACGAGCUUGCUAACUCCUCACGCUUGUGAUCCAGCCUCAUCUCCAUCCUAAAGAAGGAUUCUGGGAUCAACAUGGGGCCAAACCCUCAAAAGGACUUGAGACUAAAACUCAGCUAUGGCUGUGCUUUGAGUCACAACCUGAGAUUGUUUUAAGACAGAAUUAUGAACAAAAACCGAGCACACACCAGAACUGAACUAUGGUUGAGGCUUGCUCACUACUUAGAAGCCUGGGACAAGAUUUCAGACACAGCCCUGAACGAGCUCCCAUAUAAGGGCUUCCUCAUCCUGUAUUCCACUGGAUGUCGACUGCUGCUGCUGCUAAAGGGAUGGGGAUAAACACUCCUUGUAGGAAGAAAGAAAGCAACUGGAACACUACCUCUCAUGAUGAGCAGGACCUUUUGUGUGUGUGUGUGUGUGUGUGUGUGUGUGUGUGUGUGUGUAAGACAGAUGUUAAAGAACUAUGCACUGUGUACCUGGAGCUCUUUGUUCCUCGAUAGUCAGUCAUCGUGACUGCAUUGUGAGUUUAAUUUAUUCUGGUAUUUUAAUGUUUUUAAAUUUUGAGACUCUGGAUCUGAAUAUGGGUCACAACAGUGAGUGGUUCAGGGAAAAUAUCAUUUUCCAGUCUUCACUUUUUUACCCCAAAUGUUAUUUGACUUGCUUGGUACCUUUAGUUUUGCACUGGAGCUAAUGUAAUUCUGUCUCACCCAAAAUCAUUUUCAUAUACUUGCUUCACAUAGCACUGUUAAACUACACAAGCUGUGUCAAAAAGGGGAUUUCAUUAUCAUCAGCAUGUGGCUUAUUCAUAAUAAUGGGGUCUUAUACUUUGAAUUGUACUAAUUUUAUACUGUAUCCUGAACCAUAUGGAUUAAUGAGGGGUGAACUGGAUGGAGUUCUUAGAUAUUUAUGGAAAAGAGUUUUGAGAGACAUCUAUUAUCUGUUGGCUACAUUUGCUUUAUAACGCCAUCAACCAUUUUGGGGACAUUUGUUUGUUUUUACCGCUUUCCUAAAACAGGGACAUGAGUCACCCCCUCAUGGAGCUCACCUUCGCCAUGCUGGUUUUUGUUUUAUUUUGUGACCACAGGGUUCACUUUCACAUGGAAAACAGCUUUUAGGGCAAAAGGAGCCACCUGUUUGUGUGUGUGUGAUACAGGUGGUGUGAUAUUUUAUUUAUGAAGUACAUGUUAUGAAUGUAUGUGAGUGAGUGAGUCACAAUCGUGUGAUUAACACAGAAUGAGUCCUUCCUGUCCAUGGGGCCCCACAUGUCAAGUACUUUUUUGGCUUUUUAAAAGCCAGGUAGAUGUACAUAUGAAUAAAUUAACCAAUUUGA